AUGGAUCACCUGCUGAUGCUGUUGCUGCUGCUGUGGAGCUCAGGACUCCAGACUGAAGGUUCUCAGUGUGACAGUAAGGCCGACAUCGUGAUGUUGGUAGACGGAUCUUGGAGCAUUGGUAGAUUAAACUUUCAGACCUUAAGGUCCUUUCUGAGAAAGAUAGUCAACAUCGUCGACAUCGGCCCUGACAAAGUCCAGAUUGGUCUGGUUCAGUUCAGUGGAGACCCAAAGACCGAAUGGGAGCUGAACACCCACCAGACUAAUCAAUCCCUGCUGGAGGCCAUAACCAAACUGCCAUACAAAGGAGGAAACACCAUGACAGGAAUCGCUCUGCAGCUCGUCCUCCAUUACAACUUUAAACCCAAUGUGGGAAUGCGUGCAGACUCACAAAAAAUCAUUAUCCUGAUUACUGAUGGAAAAUCUCAGGACAACGUAUCCCUUGCAUCAGAUCACCUGAGAGACAGCGGCAUUGAGAUCUACGCUAUUGGUGUUAAGGAUGCUGACAAGUCACAGCUGUUGGAAAUCACAGCAAAUCCUGCACAUGUGUACAUGGUCGAUGACUUCAAUGGACUCGAGCGCAUUGUGAAUGACCUCAUCAUAAACAUCUGUGCCAACAGCAGCUUAGAUCACCUCGAGGAUCCUCCACAGUUAUCACAAGAUCCUGGCGCACAUCAUGUGGAGUUCUUAAAGCAGCCAUCAGUAAAAGAAACUCCCACCUACACUGAUCUAGCUUCACCAUUGCUCACACCGCUGCUGGCAAAGCUUGCCUCCACCUUCCUGGUUCAGGGUCCCGUCAUGGCUCUAGGGUCAAUCUACUCUGUCAGGCUGGUGAAUGGGACUAGUCUGUGUUCAGGCAGACUGGAGGUGAAGUCUGAGCAGUCGUGGUCCUCAGUGUGUGAAGCUGACUUUGACCAGCAGGAUGCAGAGGUGGUCUGUAGGGAUCUUGGCUGUGGGGCUCCUUUAGUCCUCCAGGGGGCGCUCUAUGGAGAAGUGGAGGCUCCAAUGUGGACCGAAAAGUUCCAGUGUGGAGGCAAUGAGUCUGCUCUCCUGGACUGUGAACGAUCCAACUCAACUAUAAGAACCUGCUCACCUGGUAAAGCUGUUGGACUCACCUGCUCAGAGCCUUACAGGUUGGUGGGAGGAGCCAGUCGCUGUGCAGGUAGACUGGAGGUGAAACGAACAGCGUGGAGACCAGUGGAUGACUCUGACUGGACCCUGAAGGAAGCAGCAGUAGCCUGCUCAGAUCUGGACUGUGGCUCUGCUGUUUCAACAAGAAGCAGAAAUAAUUCCUUAGAUAGAUCUGUAUGGUGGAUCAGUUCUGACUGUGUUCAGUCUGGAUAUGCACUGAGGGAAUGUGCAUCAUCAGAUUCCUCUUCCUCCAUCUUGGAGAUCAUCUGCUCAGGUAAGUCCAUCAUGAUGCAGAUCUGUGUUGUCAUGUCUCUCCAGGCCAGCAGGGGGCAGAAGUCAGACCCACAGGAGAACGUUGAGAUGGAUUAUUGUAACCUCGGUGUUUCCAGAGAGCCGGCUGAAGAGGAAGGAGCUCAGGGAGCAGAGUAGGACCUCUGAGGACAAACACAAACCCUCUGAAGAAGAAAAUCAUCACCAGCACCAACGCUCCAAAACAGGAAGUAGUGAGACCUUUAUUAAGCCCACUAGAAGAAGAGAGGAGGAGAGAAAGGAGAUCUGAUUGGACCAUUUGUAACAUAAUUAUCUGUUUAUAAUUAUAUUUAGUCAUCAUUAAUCUCUCAUAUGAACAGCUGUAACUUUUAACUUACAGAUUUUCAUGAAUCCAGAGUUUUAUGGUCUCAUCUGGAUAAAUGUUGAGUCAAGAACUCAUUUAAAAAUCAGUCCAGAUGUUUGAUGAGUUUAUAUAUUUUUACUUCACUGCCUUUAAUAGACUAUAUACUUAUUAUUCAGCUCAAAUGUGUUAUUGCUAUUUUUAAAGUAUUCAGUUUUUUAGUUAUAUAAACUGAGUAAAAGGAAAACCUCAGGGAAAUCAAAUGUUUUGUCUUUGUUUUGCUGUUUUCAGAGAAAGAAAUAUGA